UUAUUUAAACCGUUGAAACUUAAAAGAUAAUUUUUAUUGAAUAUGUGCGCACUAGUCAUUCGUUAUUUACAUUACGUAUUAGCUAUAUAUAUACGCCGAUAUACUACACACACAUGUUGCUGAUCCGCUGUGAGCUGUAAGCAACGGUAUCUUGACAGUGCGGUAUAUAACUCGCUAUUUAGCUGCAGGCGAUGUCUCUAACAAUAAUAAGUGGUUGAAUAUUUCUACUGUAACAAAGCGACGCGCUCUCUCUCCCCACAAGGUAGUCCAAGUAUUCUAUUCGACAAAACAAAAUGCCGGUACAAAUAUCGUGGCCUGUGGUCGUUGCCACCGUUCACCCCAAUAUUGGAGGCUGGAUUGGAGGCUAUAUAACUCAAAAAAACAUUAACCCGUGGUACCAGUCCCUGAAGAAGCCAACGUGGACUCCGCCCAAGUGGGCCUUUGGUCCUGUGUGGACGACUUUGUAUUGCUCAAUGGGCUAUGCUUCUCACUUGGUAUUGCGCGAUAGUGGUAGCUGGAAAAAUGCUGCCCUACCGUUGUCAAUUUAUGGAGCUAAUUUGGCUCUUAAUUGGGCUUGGACGCCCAUUUUCUUUGGAAUGCACAAGCUCAAAUGGGCGAUGUAUGAGAUAGUCGCUCUUUGGGGUACAACUGCCGCAUUGGCUGUAACAUUCUACAGAGUAAAUUCCACAGCUGGGCUGUUAAUUGUUCCAUACCUGGCUUGGACCACUCUGGCAACGGCUUUAACUUACGUAAUUUACAGAGAUAAUGAGAAAAGUACAUCCACUCCUGCAAUUGAGGAAAAGGAGAAGUAAAUGUUUUCAUGUUACAGAUG